AUGAUUUACAAAAGUUAUAGUAAGAGAAAUCUCAAAUGUAUUCUGAUUGUGUUGCAUUACGUAAAAUUAGAGAAGCUUGAGAAAAUAGAAUUGUAGAUUUUUAAAUUAAGACUGAUAGAGUAUAAGUUCUUGAGAAUGAAAAACAAAGACAUAUAUCAAAAAGGGUUUAGUGAAGCAUCAGAAUUAACAAGAAAUUGGAUUAACAAUUUUGAGAAUAAAUUAAAAGAGAGCGAAGAGAUUUUGUACUAAUAAGUAUAACCGAAAAAUCAUUUCUUAGAUUAUUUUUAAGGUAGACAGUAUAGAAAAGGUGGUAUGGUAUUGAUUCAAUCAUGGAAUAGUAUAGAUUUGAUAAGCAAUUUUAAUCAUUUAUAAGAAUUGACUAUCAAUAAAGGAAUUGAAGCAGUUUUGCUGAAGGAGAGUCAAAAAUAAAAAGAGUGA